CACACUCUCCGGCCCUAUUUGAUCUCCUUUUCACGCUUCAUAGCAACGAUUUCCCAACGACCCCACAUCCUUUGCACCUGGCUGUACCAUCGUCCACAGCAGCAUCCAGCAAUACAAUGAGUCAAGAUGGCGGCUGAGCUUUACUUUGAGCAAUGCUGGGCUAUUCUGAGCACGAUCGGCAUCUCAAAUGUGUUCCUGGGCUUCAUCGUCAUCAGCAUCACGAAAUUCUCAAGCAUCGCGAUGGUCCCGAUCAUCACAAGCAUGGCCUGUGCCAUCGCCAACGGACUCUGUUUUCAAAUUUUCUACACGGAUAGUUCACCAUUGAAUAAGGCGCUCGCAUCUGGGUUCGCGGAUACUUUCUGGCUAGUUCAAGAAGCUGGCAUGUCAUUCUACUCGUAUGCUAUGCUGACUCACAUGUUGUCGGGCCGUAGUCGGACGAUCUACCUGACGACCUUUUGGGUCUUGAUUGCAGGCAUCACCGCUCUGCGUGGCACCAUCUUGAUAGCUCGAGUCAAGGGCAUCUACGACGAUACCAACAACACCGCGUCCAAGAUUGUCGACUUUGUCCACGUCUGCUACUUUGUGCUGCUGGCUCUUCUGGAGUGUCUGAGCGCCUUCUACUUGCUCCGGAAAUUUGCGUCGACGAAGAAGAGGUCGUUGCGGGCUGCGUUAAACAUCAGCCUAUGGGGUCACUUGAUGCGCAGCACAGAGAUACGUGUGUCUUCUCUGGCGUUGAUAGGGGUGACGAGGUCUAUCACGUACACCUUCCAUCCGUCUCUCUUGAAUACGCCUGCCACGACGCCCAGGCAAAUCGACCGAUUCGUGUACACGUUGGAGUGUAUCUUCCCUGUCAUCCUGUAUUUCGAUCUGUUAGCUUGCAUGAUACAGUCCGAGAAUCAUGGGGCGAAGAACAAUUACAACAUACGGCACGUGGAAACACCAAACAUCCUAAGAGAUUCAGCAACUGGCGAGCUUAGCAGUACGAUAUCGCCAUCGUCAGAGAAGCCUGUUGAGAUUUGUAGGGAAACCCGAAGAUAGUGCUCUUGCUCGAAUCGAUGUGGCUAGAAGGUUAUGUCAAAAGUUGAUAAUGACUUGUUGCACGUGGUGACUUUGCCCUGCCUUCUUGGGUUUACUUAUGGCACCACGUAGUGAUUUUCGACCCCUUCAUCUUCCUCGAACUGCACCUGCCGGAAACGUCACUGCAUGGCAUAUUACAGACACUAGUGUAAACCGGGUUGGCGUAGGCCGACUCGGGCAGCAUAACUCGAGUGGGCCUGGCACCGAACCCCUCCUGC